AUGGAUUUCGAUCGGUUUAACGAGAAGCUUAUGACCCUCGGAGUGAUUCAUCAAGUUGAGGAGAAACCAGAUCAGAUUUUUGUCUUUCUCCAUGGCGUCACCGGUAAUAGCAAGACUACCUGGGCAGUUCCUCCCGACGAAGUUCCCGACGAAUAUCCCAAAAAACCGACAUUAUGGCUUGCGAAUCUUCUGCCAAACGAUUUCAAUGCAAAUAUCUAUACUUGUGGGUGGGAUUGGACCGUUCCAAAUACCAUGCAUGAUUUGGCUGGCAGUUUCAUCAAGUGA